AUGGCGUCUGGAGUUCGCGUGUGCGUGGACCAUCACAGUUCGUUAGACGACCCUUCCACGCCGCGCCUCUUGAUCGACGACAGCCUGUCGCCGUCGCAGAUUAUCCGGAAGAAGCUAGAAGACGUGGACACGCGCGUGCUCGAGGGUAAGCUGAGACUCCUCGACAUGCAGCGACAACUCUCCGCCGUCCGAUGCCAGCAGUUCGUCGAGAUGCUCGAAUCCGAGCUCCAAGCCGCCUCCGCCACGUCAGCGGCGCCGUCACCUGCAUUAUCCCCGUCGUCGACGUUCCCGUCCGCGUCGCGGCCGCAUCGAACCCUAACGCGCAUCGGCUCGCUCGACCGCGAAGGCCGCUCCCUGUGGGCGCGGAGCCACACCAGCUGCCGGCCAAUCAUAGACUCAGCGUCCGCGCCGGUCCAGACAUGCGGCUCGGUUGACAGAUGCGGAUCCGUCGAGCGGGAAAGCAGCGGCACGGGAUUCUCGAGCUGGAUUGACGCAGAAACCGGCGGUCGCAGCGGCUCGAAGGGUCGACGCUCUCUUGACGAGGGUAAUGAACAUCCGCGCGCGCCCUUCGGAUUUGGCGGCGUGCGCCACCUACGCCAUCUGCGCCUGCUUCUGCUGGCGCUCGUGAUCGCCGCGGCGGACAUCCUCUUCCCCGCCUGCUCCUGGCGCAGCUUCCGCCUGCUGCGCGCAGGGGGGGGAGAUGUUUCGCCCAUGGGGAAUGCGGAUGCGUUAGCCCCGCCCUCGCUGUUGACUCCGUUGAACGAGUCAUACGGCCACGUCAGCUGCUCCCUCACUGCCCUCCGCAUCCCCCCUUCCUCCGCCUCCCCCAAUUCUCCCUCCCCCUCCACCCCCUCUCACCGCCUGCCCGCCGUCGCGCCUCUAUCUGCCACAAGCCAACACACCUGCUCCUCUCCACCUCCCUUCCACAACCUCCCUCCAGAUGCAUUCCUGCGUUGCCCUUCUCAUCCCCCCACCUCACAGAUCAGCAACUGGGUGCAUUGCAUUGCUCUUUUCAUCUCUCCUUCCACAGCGUCCCGUCAAGUGCUUCUCUGCCUUGCCCCUCUCGACCCUCCCACCGUGCAGAUCAGUAACUGGGUUCAUUGCAUUCGCAUGCACCUCCUCUUUGCGGGUCUGCUCAGCCGCACGCUCCUUGUGAACGCGCUGCCAUCGGAAACCAAGGGAGCGUACAACUACUCUCUCCUCUUUGACAUUGCACACGCCCGGCAGUGCUACGGGGCCGCCACUGUACAGACCACUGAAGAGUACUAUAACGAGUAUGGCAAAAAGGUGGAGCUGGAUCGAGUGCUGUGCUGGAGGUACGGAUCGAUACCCGCUACAGUGCGUGAUAUGAAGACCUUUGUGCAUAUACCCGAUAAAGUGAAUAUUAAAGGCCACGUAUCGAAAUCAGCGUCGGGUACACUCAAAAAGUUCCAUACUUUCUUCAAUUCGCAUACGGGCCAUGCGGACGUGAUACUACUGGGGGAUUUAUACAGCUACCCCUCUUUUGAAGGCUUGGAGCACCCCUUGGCGUGGGGCGACCUUCCUUUUCAACGGCUGCCCGGCUGCCCGAGCACACUCGCAGUGCAGCCAGACGAGAGAAUUUUCCGGGCAGCCGAAGAUUUUGUCCAGGAGAAUUUCGGGCAGAAGGCGUUUUUGAGCCUGCAUUUGAGGGCGGGGGACCUGCGGGCGAGCUGUGAGCGGCAGCAGCUGGACGUGGGGUGCCGGCUGGGGCCUCACCAGGUGGUGGCGUGCGUCAAGAGGAAGCUGCGAGUGCACCGCCUCAUGCACCUCUUCAUUGCCACCAAUGCUGCCCACAAGGAAGUGCAGGAACUUAAGCAGUUGUUUCAAGCCAGAGACCCCGCCCCACCACCCCCCCCGGGAGCAUCCGUCCUCCCCCCAGGCGUAACCUUCCAAGUGGUAACCGGCGUGCACGAUUGGCCGGGGCUGAAGCAGUGGUUCGGGGAAUUAGACGACGCACAGUCAAAGCAGGUAGAGGCGGAGGUGGAAAAGGUGGUGGCAGUGCGAGGGAGUGUGUUCCAAGGCACGUGCACGUCUACCUUCUCCCUGGAUGUGGAGAGAAUGAGGCUGGCCCUGGGAAGAGGUAGCUGUCAUGACUCGUUUGUGUGUGACGAGGAGAUUGCGGCAGGUGAGGUGGUGAAUGAGUCGGAGAGGAAAGGGUGCCGGACAGAGUUUCUGUUCUGGAUGACGUGCCGCUGUCAGCAGGGGCCGUGGCGGGGCGGCCGCCUCGGCGACUCUGACGGCAGCCGCGACGCUUUUGACGGCGCCGGCCACGAUGACGCUGCGCCGUUCAUCUCGUCGUCAGAACAUCCCCGCCGUUCCAGCGCGCCACUCCGCGCGCCAUUCGGUAUUGGCGGCGUGCGCCAUCUGCGCCAUCUGCGCCUGCUGCUGCUGGCGCUCGUGAUCGCCGCGGCGGACCUCCUCUUCCCCGCCUGCUCCUGGCGCAGCUUCCGCCUGCUGCGCGCAGGAGGCGGAGUAUCUCCGCCCAUGGGGAACGUGGGUGCCUUAGUCCCGCCCUCGCCGUUGACGCCGUUGACUCCGUUGACUCCAUUGAACGAGUCAUACGGCCACGUCAGCUGCUCCCUCACUGCCUUCCGCCAUACCCCAUGUGACUGCUCGCGCGUGCACCCUCCACCACCUCCUCCAUCUUAUGGUGCUGUGCGGCUGGGAGCGGUGGAGAGCGGCACCAGGCAUCUCAGCAGCAUCCUCUCCCUCCCUCCACCCUCCCCACACCUCCCCCUCUUUGCAUUGCUCCUUCCGCCCCUCCACCCUACAUCCUCCCCGCUGCUGGCACCACCACCGCCCACAGCACCACUUGCCGCAUCAUCGCCAGCAGCAUCGCCAGCACCAGCGCCAGCACCAGAACAUUCCCCUCUUCCUACGCUCCCCCCCAUUCUUGCUGCCGCCUCCCCUGCUCUAUCUCCCCUUCCUCCACCCCCCCUUGCCCUGACUCCCUCUGCCCCACCCCCAUACCCCACUCCCACCGCUCCCCACUCCGCAGCAUCCCCUCUUCCUCCGCUUCCCCCCGGCCAGGUGACGUGCUCCCUGCCUGCUUCCCUGCCUGCUUCCCUGUCUGCUGCCCUGCCUGCUGCCCUGUCUGCUGCCCUGCCUGCUGCCCUGCCUGCUGCCCUGCCUAUCAGUAACUGGGUGCAUUGCAUUCGCAUGCACCUCCUCUUUGCCGGUCUGCUCAGCCGCACGCUCCUUGUGAACGCGCUGCCAUCGGAGACCAAGCGAGCCUACAACUACUCUCUCCUCUUCGACAUCUCCCACGCCCGCCAGUGCUACGGGGCCAGCGCUGUACAGACCACUGAGGAGUACUAUAACGAGUAUGGCAAAAAGGUGGAGCUGGAUCGAGUGCUCUGCUGGAGACCACUCCUGGGGCCUCACCAGGUUGUGGCGUGUGUGAAGAGAAAGCUCAGACUGCACCGCCUGAUGAGCCUCUUCAUCGCCACCAACGCUGGCCAUUCAGAGGUGCAGCAGGUGAAGCAGCUGUUCCAGGCCAGAGACCCCGCCCCACCACCCCCCCCAGGAGCACCCAUCCUCCCCCCAGGCCUAACCGUCCAAGUGGUAACCGGCGUGCACGGUUGGCCAGGGCUGAAGCGGUGGUUCGGGGCACUGGAUGACACACAGUUGAAGCAGGUAGAGGCGGAGGUAGAAAAGGUGGUGGCAGUGCGGGGGAGUGUGUUCCAAGGCACAUGCACGUCUACCUUCUCCCUGGAUGUGGAGAGGAUGAGGCUGGCCCUGGGGCGGAGCAGCUGCCAUGACUCGUUUGUGUGCGAUGAGGAGAUAGCGGCGGGGGAGGUGUUGAAUGAGUCGGAGAAGAAAGGCUGCCGAACGGAGUUUCUGUUCUGGUAG